UUCUCGCUGUACCUGCUGCGCCUACCGACCGCUCACUCGUUUCUCCACAUGCGCACAGCGGCACCACUCUCAUUCUCACUGCAGACUUUCCGUUCAGUUGCAGCCAACUGUUCGCCACUGUCGCACAGGCGCCGCCAAACAAAUAUUUUUUAGGAUCAAAAUAGGCUUUCAAGCGGCUCAACGCCCAACAAUUCGCUACAUUGUAGCAAGCAGGCAGCGAGAUAAGAAGAUACAUCAAUUUAUCGAUACAGUGUAACGUUAUUUUAUCUCUCGCUUCAGAACCAGUCUCGAUACAACGCCGGAACGACAAAUCUCAAACAUGAAGAAAUGUUCGGCGUGGUCGCUCUUUCUCGUGGUUUCGCUGCUAACUGUGAAAGCUCUGUCCCAGAAUUCAGAUGGCUUAGACCUGUCUGAUGCCUUGGAUGACGUCUCUAUAGCAACAGCAGCCACACCUAAACCAGUAGGAGCAGAUGAGGAGAUCACCCCCACCAAGGCUCCUCCUAAAGCCCCAGCCACUAAGGCCCCGUCACACAAGCCCAAGCCACAUGAGUUCCAGGCUGAUUUUGACUUUGGGCCCAGCCUUCGCCCUGGCCUCGCCACCAAGGGUCCCCGUACCCCACCGAAGCUCCAGCCCGCCUCUGAUGAGUUUGACCUGAGUGAUGCUCUGGAUCCCAACAAUGACAUUGGAGGGAAGGACAAGAACAAGGGACAAGCAGAUAAAGGUAUUGGAGGCGGAGGCAGGGGAGACAGAGCCCCCAGCAACAGAGGAGGGAACGGGGGUGGAUCUUUCUCAGAUGAUGAUCUGCUUGACGUUGGGAAAGACGACACCUACAACCCUGACAAAGGCAAAGGUGGACAUGGUGGAGGCCAGUCUGCCGCCGAUGACAACAACCUUGACACCAUGGCUGAGACCGGAACCAUCGCCGGGAUCAUCAGUGCCAUUGGCUUGGCGCUGGUUGGCGCGGUCACCAGCUACGUCUCCUACCAGAAGAAGAAGCUCUGCUUCAGCAUACAACAGAGCCUGAAUGCAGACCUGGUGAAGACUGAUAACCCAGAUGCUGUGGUGGCCACAGAACCACAAGUUCAACAGACUCUUCUGGAGCCCCCCAACGCUGAGCCUCCUAGUCAGGAUAACACUGUCUAAUAUCCCGUCCGUCCGGCCUCAUCCCCCAACGCUGAGCCUCCUAGUCAGGAUAACACUGUCUAAUAUCCCACCCGUCCGUCUGGCCUCGUCCCCCAACCUACACAAACACCUGCACACACACGAAGAGGGUGUGACAACACACACUUACACGCCCUCACAUUGGGGAAUAUCCCCCCCCACCUCAUACGCCAACACACACUCACCACUUUUGAAGGAUAGUUCCAUCCCCGUUAUACCUUAAGAAUUGUAGAUAGAUGGUGAUCAGCAAACUCUGUCUGAAAUGUAGAGUUCCACUGACAGCCAUGUUGACGCCACCAAGUUCCAUGUCAUUCUAGAAUCUUAAUGUCAUUCUAGAGUGGGAAUGGUAUUGUGACAUCACUAUGGUUCGCCGACCUCUGUAGACCUACCCCCCGCCACACUGUGUGUACAUAUCAUUUAAUUUAUUUGAACUGUUUUAAACACCACUAAUAUGCCUGUUUACAAUUUGAUUAUGAAGGAAUGGUAGCCUAAUCCUAGAUCAGUUUUUAUUUGACAAUGAUAGUCAGAGGAUUUGCUAUACUUAAGCACAUACAGAUCCUGGACCAGGCUUUCAUCUUGGUAUUUCCUGAAAGAUAGUGUGGUACAUAGUAUAACCCACAUUCUUUCCCCCUAACUCUGUUAUCCAAUCAAAAAUCUUAACCAAAUAAUUACCCCCCCAUUCCCCCCUAGUACAUAUAUCCCCCCCAUUCCCCCCUAGUACAAAUAUCCCCCCCUAGAACAUAUAUCCCCCCCAUUCCCCCCUAGUACAUAUAUUCCCCCCUAGAACAUAUAUCCCCCUCAUUCCCCCCUAGAACAUAUAUCCCCCUCAUUCCCCCCUAGUAUAUAUAUCCCCCUCAUUCCCCCCUAGUACAUAUAUCCCCCUCAUUCCCCCCUAGUACAUAUAUCCCCCUCAUGUGAUUUUUCUACCAUUUCUACCUUCAUGUUAUUGUCCUAAAGAAACAGAGUUUUGCGGUGGUUUCUUCCAUACGUUAAUGUUUAGAAGCUGCAUUUUUAUAGCCUGGUUGUCAGUCUGUUUGUGCUUUCUUGCCAACUCCUUAUCACUCAUUGUAAUGGCAGUCGUAUGUACUGCAUGACGAUGACAGAAAUAGAAUUGAUUAGAGCACAACCAGAUCUGGGAACCAGGCUAGCACUUUUAUAGUGUUGAUUUUAGGAUGUUUUAUUUUUUAUGAAGCGAUGUUCAUUAGAAGAACUCAAUUACUUACUUACUCUGCAGAGCUGCUGCGUAAAUGUCCAUGAUGUGAUUUGCCUUUGUUUUAAGAAACUGAAGAGAAUAUAAGCUCUUUUCCAAUAUCCAUACUAGCAUACUACUUAGGGAACAAACCCGUGUAUUGGGUCCUAGCAUUCUAAGUAGUAUGCUAGGAUGGACAUUGGAGCACACUCAAAGGCUCUGUUCCAAUAGCCACACUAGUGUACUGCUUAGUGAACGAUACCAGUGAAUUUGGCGUGCAUUCUAAGUAGUAUGCUAGUAUGAAUAUUGGGAGUGUAGCCUUUAAGUCCACUUGUGUGGAAAAUGGGAAUGUGAUGAAGAUACACAAUGUAUAAAGACUAGUUAGUAUCUGUUUUGUCUUAUUGAGAUAAUGCCUGUGCUAGAGAAAGUGAAGUAAACGUGAAAUCGAAGCCUAGUCGAACUUAAAACUUCUUGAUAUUGAAGUACUGUAACGGUUGCGUCCCAGACUGCAUUGCAUCAACCAACGGUUGCGAGUCACGUCAGCGAGUGCGUAGCCGGGCAUCAGAUUGCUAUAUCAAUGAGUUGUUUAGCAGAUAUGGAACAGAUUUACACACCUAUCCAGGCGUUGUGACUUCUGGCAAGCUUCUGCAAUGUAGUCAUCCUGGAACGUGCCCAGUGGUUCUGUAGACUGGACAUUUGUUUGACUGGACAAGGCUAUACAUCGACUUGUGAAGUUCUUCAGAUUGAGCUAUUUGCUAUAUGAUAUCAGAGUUAGUUCAUCUCUGUGAUUUGGAUAGUGUUUAUACUAGCUGUUGCUUGUUGUUAGGAAAGGUCGAGGUGAAUUACACUCAGUUCACUCAGUUCAUUCAAGAAGCGAAUUCAAAUUCCAUGUCAAAAAUUUAGAAAAUCUUUCAUAAAAAAAUAAAUGGCACAUUUCAAUUUGAUUUUGAAUUUAAAAUCACUCCUUUUGAAUUGAAUGAUUUGAAAUGGAAUUGGCCCGAAUCCUAAUUAGGAGACUAGUAAGUGGAAUUGGCCCGAAUCCUGAUUAGGAGACUAGUAAGUGGAAAGUGAAGCUUGUAAAUUGCAGCGUGAGCAUAUUUCUGUGUUCUUACUAUUUCGUUGUUGUAUGAUCGUAUUCCUUGAUAUUAUGGUGUAUCUUAAUGAUCUAUACACUCGUUCCUAAGUGUGUUUUUAUUCAAAUAGUUUCCGUCUCUGCUCCCCCACUCUUUCUAAACUAACGUUGUUUACUAGAGUGGCUUUUGUCUUAACUACUUAGCUGAACUUAUCUAAAUAUUGUUUUAGGUAUAGAAGGUUUCCAAGUGAUUUUAUUCCAGAUAACAUAACAAACCUUUUUAGGGCAGAUACUCAAAUGACACCCUCUUCCCUUUGUAGUGCACUAUUUUAUUCUAUAUAGGGAAUAGGGUGUGAUUUGGGAUGCACUCCCACUGGAACCUGCGCCCUGUUCUGUUCGGCUCCCUUGUUGCCUUGGAAACGCAGCUCUAGAACCACUCCUCCUGUGAGGUUGAGGCGCUCUCCCUACCUGCGUAUACUCUCCGCCUUUAACAACUGCACCAGGAUCAGUUACUAUCUUACUUAUAAUAGAUGAGAUAAAGAUUUAGGGUGGAGGAACUGUUGUUAACCCUUUGAUAAAUAAGGACAGAACAUUCCAUCCUUUGUCAAUCGUUCUUAUUAAUUCUAGCCGUUGACAUCAUGAAGGACCGUAGCAUUCCGGGAUAGGACAAUAGAACUGUCCAGAACUUCCACUCUACAAAGGGUUAAUAACUGUUAGUCAACAUUCUCCUCUCCUGUCAUCCAGAUGCAGGUGCUGCAGUACUGAUGGUGCUUCUCGCUAUGCCUUAUAACCUGCUGGCUCCCGCAAUACUAAACACACAGAACUAGAACCAAUAGAAUGGAAUGUUCAAUGAGUAGAAUUCAGAUUCUAUUAGUGCUUUUCUCAGUGUUCUACACAUGAAACAUUAGUGUGGGAACCACCAACCAAAUAUCAGUGGUUUGAGGGCCUGUGUCCAUUCUAUACGUUGUCUUUCUAUGGUUAAAAAACACCUCCGUGACAGAGCUGUGCUCACACAAAAUAAACAAUGAAUGUUAAACGAAUGUACUUUCUCUAAAUCAGUUGCGACAGCGAUCGCUCGUAGCAAAUGUUCUUAAAACCCACCAAAGAUAUGUUGAAUUGCUGAUUUUAAGAUUGGACAAUAUUGGACCUUGGUGUUGUGCUUUGGGUUGAAUGUUUCACUCAUUGACUGGCAAGUGUCUUCCUGUACGCUAGUAACAUCACAUAAAAAUCUCAAAAUAAAAAUCACAUAGAAAUUCCUUACAAAUAUUAACUUUUUUUAAACACGGAUUCAGACUGUUAGAACUAAGAAUCCCCCACCCCCUAUCCUUAGAGACAAAGCUUGGUAGAAAUUAGACAAUUUGAAGAGCAGAGUUGUGUGAGUGAGACUUGACUGUGUGAUGAGUACCAUCUUCUAGCACUAUGGUUUGGAAUGGUAUUAAGGUGCCUCUUGGUUGCAGUAUGGAUCAUUUGCCUGAUUUUGAAAAUUAGAGGUGUUUCGAAGAUGUAAAAAAACUACUAUUUUAUACAGUAGUAUACAAGUCAGUGAACCAGGAGUUGCUGCAUGCUCAAUAGUUUGCAGUCUUAAGGCUUUGAGGUUGCCCUUUUGUUUAUAUGGUUUACGGUAACAGACAUAUCAGCAGUUGGAUCCCCUUAAAUCUUGGGUGCUCCUCUACUACACACAUGACGGUAACGGGCUAUAACAGAACUGUACAGAAAUGAAAAGCAUGUUUUUGGAUAUUUAGCUGUAGUCUUUGGAAGUUUUCCUCAUCGGGUUAUCAUUGGGAUGGCCUGGGUGCCAGUCUAUUUCUGCUCUCUUGCCAACUCCUUACGGCUUGAAAAUGACAGCAAUGGAGUUGGCAAGUAACAAGAGCACAAACAGAUUUGGGACUGGAGUGUAGUUGGACCAGAAGUAGUAGUUGGUGAAUGUGAGGGUAUUUAUAUACUGCCAGUAAAGUCUAGGAUAAGAACAUUAUGUAUUGGACUGUUAUGUCAAGAGAAACCAGGAAGGAACUAUUCAUAUGAGCCGAUAAGUUCCAAUCCAGCUCCAGUCAACGCUGGCUCUGUUCAAAAGUAGUGCACUAGUAUCUAGGGAAUAUGCUGUUAUUUCAGACACCUCAGUUUGGUUUUCUGUGCAGAUAUACUUCCCCUAAGAUACGUUAUGACAUCAAUGUCCCAUCCUUCUUAAUCCUGUUCUAGUGUGAUGUCAUCCAGUCCUUACACUAGCGUCACUCCAAACCCACUGACCUGUUAGAACACAGGGCUCUUAUGACAUCACAAUGUACAUUAUGUAUUCAGAAUGGCCUUCUGCAUGCAUGGAAUCCACGCCUGAUUCACUAGUGCCUGUCAAUUGACCCCCACACACACACAAUUUUACAUGUAUGCAUAUACACAUACUUAUGCACGCAAACACACAGUUAACAAAGGGCCACUGGUAACUUGGACAACUUGUUAUAAUACUAAACAGACAUGUAAUGACAGAUUAUUCCUAUACUGCUGCAGUUCUAUACAUCUAUAUUUCACUGCUGUCUCGCUCACUGGCAAAUACAUUGUGGAACGACGACAUUCAUACGAUCAAUCAAUGAAACCCAAUAAAAUUUGAAAAGAAACCCAAAGACUGUUUCUUUUCUUGUAUCCGUGCAA